GGGAGUCAUCUACCUGCCUGUCCACUGAAAGUACUUCCAUCCACCCCAAGACUUUGAUCCUGAACAGAGACAUGACAAUCCAGAAGACGGGUGGCAGAGGCCGGGCAACAGCUGAGCUAGUUGAGCAGAGAAGGAGCAGCCACCACUGUGAUGACAGGAAGCAGACACUGUUAGCACUGCUCGUCCUGGUGCUGUACCUGGGCACGGGGAUAUCAGGAAGCAGCUGGGAAGUGUCAGGGCAGACCAAGGACUGCAACCACUUUCAGAAUCCUGUGACAUCCCAGGGCUUUGAGUAUCAGACCAACGAACCUGCUGAAGAACCAUUAAGGACCCUCAGGAAGUGGCUGAAGACAAACUUGCAUGGAUUUUUGGAGAAGCUAGAGAAUGAAGUCCGAGAGCUGGAGCAGUUGGUGCGGGACCUGGAAUUCUGGCUCGACGCACUUCUGGGAGAGCUGCACCCAGAGGACUCCUGCUUCUCCACAAAGGUCAUUUGUGACGGGCAGGUGAUGGGACCUGGGGAGCAGAAGAGGAGAUGAUGAGGCCAGGCUUGGCUUUGAGGCUGGCUGCUCCAGGCGGCUGGAGAAAAUAAAGUGACUGAGAGGUG